UAGAUUUCACUUCUUGAAUAUAUUUAAACACUUUCACAGAAUUCCUAUUGAGUUUACUAGCACACAUAUCAGAAGUAACAUCUUCGUAAUUGUUAGAAAAAACGUCUUCCGAUUAUUAAAAAAUUACCAUGACUGAUGUUGUAAUAGUUUCCGCAUGCAGGACACCUAUUGGAAAUUUUGGAGGAGCAUUUUCUGGUGUACGUGCUCAUGAAUUAGGUGCGGUAGUAAUUAAGGAAGUAAUUAAUAGGGCUGGUGUUCCUGCUCAAGAUGUUUCGGAAGUUAUUGUUGGACAAACACUUACUGCUGGUCAAGGUCAAAACACAGCACGUCAGGCAGUAUUAAAAGCCGGUUUUCCAAUUGAAACUCCUGCGUAUUGUGUUAAUAUGUUAUGCGGAUCAGGUUUGAAAUCUGUUAUACUUGGAUAUCAAGCAAUCAAAAGUGGUGAGGGAAACAUUAUAGUAAGUGUUGGGCAAGAAUCUAUGACUAUGAGUCAACAUACGAUAUUAUUACGGACUGGUAUUAAAUUAGGGCAAGGAACUUUAACGGAUAGUUUAUUAGAAGAUGGACUUACGGAUGCGUUUCAUGGUGUACACAUGGGUGUUACUGCUGAGGAAGUGGCUAAAAAAUAUAACAUAUCCAGAGCAGAUCAAGAUGAGUUGGCAGUAGAAUCACAACGAAGAACAAAAUUAUCAUAUGAAAAAAAAUUAUUUUCGAAAGAAAUCGUGCCUGUUGAAGUUCCAGAUAAGAAAAAUAAAAUAAUCGUUACAAAUGAUGAAUUCCCAAAACCUGACACAACAUUAGAAGGUUUAGCAAAACUUAAACCAAUUUUUAAAACGGAUGGAACUGUAACACCUGGCAAUGCGUCUGGAAUUAAUGAUGGAGCGUCAGCUGUGUGCCUUAUGUCAUUACAAGAAGCAGAAAGGCGAAAUAUCAAACCAUUAGCAAGAAUUGUUGCUGUAGCCCAAACUGGUAUAGAACCAUUAGUCAUGGGCUUAGGACCAAUUACUGCUGUCAACUUAGUGUUGAAAAAGGCAAAUUGGUCGAAAGAUGAUGUUGAUUUGUACGAAUUAAAUGAAGCAUUCGCAGCACAAGCAAUAGCAGUACAAAGAGAAUUGGGUGUAUCGCCAGAAAAAAUUAAUGUUAAUGGUGGUGCAAUUUCAUUAGGUCAUCCAAUCGGCGCUUCCGGCAACAGAGUAUUAGUUACGUUAUUAUAUGCGUUAGAACAGCGAAAUGCUAAGAAAGGUGUAGCAUCGUUGUGUAUUGGCGGUGGAAUGGGUAUUGCUAUUGCGGUUGAACGUUUAUAAUAAUUAAUAUUUACGAACAAGAUUUAUAGCUUUUUUAUGAUCGUAUUAAUAUACAGUAUUAUGUAAAAUAAAA